AUGCGAACCGAGACGGAGACGGAGGCGCCUUCUCGUGCGGCAUGUGGUGCCGAAUCGGACGGGUCAGUGAGCCCUGCCCCUAGGAGUCAAAGCCCUGCCCCCGUGGAUGCCUUGUCGGUCGACCUGGGGCUGCGUCACGGCACGCUCGAUAACCAGCCCCGCCCUGCCUUUGGCGCUGAUGAUGCGGAACACCUCGCCCAAGCAACACCACUUCUUCUAUACGAGCCACCGGGCCAAGCUGGUCUUGGACAAGUAGGGGAUUCUGGCAACCAUGCCUGUACGCCGAACACGGCGGAGCCGACUAGUCAACAGGAACAGCAGUGGCGGGAACGAGUUGCCGCCGCUGUCUGCCAAGUGCCGAGUCGCAUCAAUGCCUUUUUACGCCCGUAUCAACGAGAGGGGGUACAAGCCAUGGCCCGCGCGCUCUUUCGAACGCAGCGGACCGGGUUUGUGCUCGCCGAUGACAUGGGAUUGGGCAAGACGGUGCAGGUCCUGGCGUUGGUGGCAGCCAUCCUCGGUAAGACGGGGGAUCCCGCCACCGACCUGCAGUUGGCAGCGGCGGUUCCGCGAGGCAGCAUUUUGAUCAUUUGCCCGACCAGUGUUCUGUACAAUUGGGAGCAGGAGGCUCACCAGUGGGCCUACUUUUCUCUGGGCCUUUUUCAAGGCGCGCGUCGGGCACAACUCCUGCCCGAUAUUCUUCGUGGUCGCUAUGAGGUGGUUUUAGCAAACCUGGACAGCAUCAAAACUGAGCCAGCGCUUUUGGAGCACAACUGGCUCUUGGUGGUUGUGGACGAGUGCCAUGCCCUGAAGAACGACAAGACUGAACGAUACCGUGCCUUGGCCCGCAUGACGUGCCGCCGGCGUCUUGGGCUAUCAGGCACUGUCUUUCAGAAUAACUUUCGCGAGUUCUGGGCCAUCUUUAACUGGGUGUUGGCUGGGGCUUGGAUCCCCUGGCCCCGCUUCAAGCGUGAGUUCCAGGGCCCCAUCGUAUCCGCGGCCGCCGCUCGCCGCACUGCGGAACAGCAAAGAGCUGCCGAAGCAGCCCUGCUGCACCUGGCGCAGUGCACGGCUGACGUUACUCUCAAGCGAUACAAAUCGCUGCUGAGCAGUCAGCUGCCUGUCAAGCAGGAAAAGGUUGUUUUUUGCAAGCUGACCCCCUUUCAGAUGGCAGGCUAUCAACGUUUCCUGCGCUCCGACUAUGUCGAGGCUCUUUUACAAGCUACGCACAACCCAUGCCGUCGUUGUGGCGCUUCCAAACGCGGCAGCGAAUGCUGUUAUCAGGUCGGCACGAAGGGCUGCGCUUCCGUUAUUCAUUUAAUGUUCCCCGUCAUCAGCGUGUUGCGUCAACUGAGCAAUCACCCGGCGUUGUUGUUGCCACGUGCCGACGAUGACGAAGUGGUGCGGGCCGAGCUUUCUGAGAAAGUAUUUGAACCGGAAGACCCAUGGAUGCAAAGCAUGUUGCGCAAUCAGCUUACCUCGGCCGGUGACACAAGCGUGUGCGGCAAGCUGGCCAUUCUGAUGCAGCUUCUGGCGCGGUGGGAAAAGGAGCAACUUUCCGUCGUCAUUUUUUCCUACACGACGCGUUUGCUCAACAUUAUUCAGGAUGCAUUGUCGUUGCAAGGGCGAACGCCGUUGCGAAUUGAUGGGCAAGUCUCGGCCCGCGAUCGCCAUGCCGUGGUGGCCAAAUUUCAGGCGCGCGACGAGCGCAUUUUGUUGGUGUCCACGCAUGCAGGAGGUGAAGGCAUCAAUCUGCAGGCGGCAAGCAAGGUGGUCAUUGUCGACCCUUGCUGGAAUCCUGCCCGUGACCUGCAGGCCCAGGAUCGAGCCUAUCGGCUAGGAACCGAACACGAUGUGGAGGUGUUGCGACUCGUGACGGCGGGCACGCUCGAGGAGUUGGUGUAUGCACGGCAGGUGUACAAAUUGCAGCUGGCACGCAUGGUGCAAACGGGGCGGACCACGGCCCGCGCCGUAUUUGACGUGGCAAUGCCGGGUGAGGGCGAGCUCUUUGGCCUUGAAAACAUGUUGGCUCCGCCCGUGGACGGCAGCUUGCUGGAGCAUAUCCUGGAG